GUGUGAGCAAACCAUUUAAUUAAGCUGGCUUUUAUCAGUUGUUGAUGCUCAAUUAGGUGGUUUUCUUUCAUAUAAUUUCCGAUCCUGUUUAACGUUCAUUUGACGAAAUGGCAAACCCGGGUUUAAGCACUGGCACUCACAAGUUCCAAGGCUUGGACAUCGAAUUAACUUAUACGGUGCGAGGAUCUGGACCAUAUCUUAUUGUUCAAGCAGCAGGAUGGGGAAUUUCUUCUCAGUAUCUUCAAAUUGGGUUUUCGCCUCUUGAGGCUCAAUUCACCCUAAUAUACCUAGAGCCCCGCGGCUCAGGCCCCUCCGAGCGACCACAAGAAGACAUGGUGAGCACUUCCGAUAUGGCCGACGACGUCGAGCUUUUACGAAAACACUUGGAAUUUGAACAAAUCGAUUUGCUUGGUCAUUCCAAUGGAGGCACCAUCGCCUUAGCGUAUGCUGAGCGGUACCCCGCCUCAGUCCGAAACUUAAUCCUCCUCACACAUUGGCUCGAAGGAUACGAUGACAGUCGCACUUGGCAACGAUUUCUGGAUGAGAGAAAGGGUAAUCCAGCAUUUUCGAAGGCCAUUGCGGCACUUGAGAUAGCCAAAACUCAGAAAUUUCAGUCACAGGAGGAGUGGUUUCAAAACUUACGCGUGAGGUUGUCUUUCUAUCCAGCCAACCCAGACAAAGAUUACCCCGCCUUUGAGAAGGCAAUGGGCGAGCCCUCGUGGUGGGUUUACAAAGCUCAGGGUGCAGCCGACAAGAUCAAGACCCUUGAUCUCUAUGCUGGACUCGAUAAAGUCAAGGCCCGUACGCUAUGUUUGGGGUGUUCUGAGGAUCCAAUAUGCACCGAGAAUGUCACUCGUAUUACAGCAGAGCACAUAGCCGACUCGCAGGUCGUCAUUAUUCCCGAGUGUGGGCAUUUUCCCUGGAUUGAACAGCCAGAUCAAUUCUUCGCGGCAGUCAUUGAGUUUCUGAGGUAAAACAUUAGAAGUCACUGCUAGCGCAACGUCUUCUUGAGAAUAUGUCGCGUCCACAGAAACCAUCGCAAGUUAAGGUAGUUUUGGUUUGGAGCAAUCUGGGGCCGUGUAGGACAUUAAAGGACCAGGAUUAGUUCAUUCACAGGGCACAAGCAGCUGCAGAGUCACACACAUCAAUCGAUGUAGCGUCCUAAAGCACACAAAUGGCCGCCAGACGCAGAGUUGCAAGAUGUUCAGAGAGUAGACUUAAUUUCUUCAGCUUAAGAUGCACCCCGGUUGACAAAGAUAUCCUAUUAAAGCAAAUGCCAUUUAAUUAUGAACUCAACUGCCAG